CAUAUAUAGGAUAUAAUAUAUAUUUUAUUAUAAAUAUAUGUAUCUAAAAAUAUACGUGCAUAAUGGUAUGCACAUAUGUAUUAUCAAUGUCAGAUAUAAUACGCUCAACAUUUUUUCUUAAAAAGACGAAUAUAGGAACGUAUAAAGUGUAUAUGCAUAAUAUCAGCGAUGCCAGAUUGGAAAUCUGAAAAUGGACAUUGGUGAUAAACUGUAUGCGAGUCACAGAGAGACCUUCUGACCUAAAUUGAUCGAGAUAUAAUGGACAGCGUGAGAGGGACAGAUCCCGCCGUUAUCGUUAUUAAUGGCAGUCGCGUUAAAAUCCAGGAUGCGAAUGAUGUUUUAUGCUAAGUACCCGAUCGUUAGCCAAAUCACGAAACGCAGUACCUAUUAAACUAGCCUGGUGGUCGAUGUUCGGCGAUGUUUGUUCGCCGGGUGGAACAAUGACCACUGGGGGAUCCGGUUUCGGUGAAGGUGUGCGCUUUAAAAGCGCUUUAAAAGCCCACCCAUGACUUCGACGAUCGUCAGUCGCAUCCCGCUAUUCAAUAUGUCUCGAUCAUGUCAUGAUCCGCAAUAUAAAAUGUGGUUGACGCAGGUGAUAUCAAAAAUAUACUGGCUUCUCUUUAUCAGCUCGAUGUCUCUGGAGAACUACGUGGACGGAUUCGAGUCUCAGGAUUCGGUCUUUGUGAAUUUCCGUCAUAGAUACAACGUCUCGAGGGUGGCGAUACUUCAUGACAACGGUUAUUUGCCUCCAGCUUCGAUUCCGGAUUUCUCUCUGCCGGAAGUGAUCGAUAACAGAGCACGGAACGUGGCGGUCGCGGUGACAGACGAGGCCAGAAACUAUCCUCAUGCAUUGUAUCAGCUCCCCGGACGGGAUUCCUUGCGAGUCCUUACGCGUAAGGGUCCGCACGACAGAAGAUAUCCGGGGAGCGACGGGUCGCAAAUGCCUCAGCAUCAUCGUCGACCCACUUUCCCGCAUGGCAAACAUUCACAACAGACCACAAUGCAGCCUCCUCCUUUACCCUCUCCUCUUCCUUUCGACGAAACACCAUCGUCGUCCUUUGCAAAUCGUGUCAGCGUAGAGGAGAUGUCCUGUCAAAACACGGGAGGCGAAUUGUUCUUCAGAGCAUCCAUCAAGACACCGAGAAACUCGGCUCCGCCGGUGAUAGACAACGCGGCGAGCAUUGAUGAUUGUCGAGCGACAGCGGUCAUGGACUCUUAUCGCAUUAGUUUUGAGAAGGAUCAGGUCUGGAAUUGCGGGGUUGUCGAUUGUUCCACAACGGACGGCAACCAAUCGUAUUGCCUCGAUCUGAGAUUCCCCAUGAUCUUCGGUCUACGACUGAGGGACGAUCACAGAGUGACGUUGCGAUGUAAGACCCAGGAUAGGAUUGCCUAUCACACGAGGCGAAUCAGCGUGAAAACUUUGGAAGCGAAAGCGAGGAACGUUCCGGGCGUGUUGAACGGCGGCGCCGAGAACCCCCUGAACGUGAACGUGGGAUUGUACAGGAAGACUUACGGCUCGAAAAACAUUUUCGACUCGAGGAUACAAUCGGGCGGCACGGUCGUUCUCGGCGAGGAGAUUCUGCUGCGCGUGUUAGUCAACGGCGACGACAGUAAGCGCAUUAGUUGGCGACACUCAAAGAUCGGUCAAGUGACAGUGCAUUACGUGGAGGAGCGCCAGCGGCAGAAAAUUGUUAACAGUCUAUGGAUCCUCGACAAGGAUGGCUGUUUGAAUCCGGACGUGCACGAGAUCUGCCCUCGGGAGCAAUACGCGGUGUCACCGUUGGAGAACUACCUGAUCCUCCAAGCGUUCAUGUUCGACGGUAUGAAAGAGAGCGACGAGAUUUUCUUCACGGUAAAGGCUAUGGCGUGUCUGGAACCUGCGGACUGUGUCCUGGAUUGUCCCGGCGGUCACGUCAGGCGCGCGAGAAGCAUCCCGGAUCGAAAUAAUACCAUCGAGUGGCAGGAUGACAUAGUCCUGCGAGUGGUUCUUCCAAAAUACGUACUACGUACCUCGCAGAAUUACUAUUUGGCGAUUUUGAUAUCGGCGAUCGGAUUAUUCGCGCUAAUCGCGUCGCUGUGGAUCAUCAAAACCUUGUUUCACCGGAGAACAGCGAAAUCCCGAAUAAUUUUAAAUUCUUAAUUUACUUAUGCUCAUACGCUUGUAUAUAAGAGUUCAAACUGUAAAUAGCUGUAUAUUGAAUAAACAAGUUAUUUUAUG